AUGGAAAAGAAUCCAGUGACUCAAAAUGUCAAUGGUGAUGGGGGAGACCACCCGCCGGCAAAGUACCCUCAGUAUCUUCCCACUUGGGAUCCGAAGAUGAACUGCCCAAUCCUCGGGCCAUUCAAGCAUCACGAGCGUGCCCAACAUGCCGACCCCGCGAUGCCUGACUUGACCUCCCAUCCAAACGCAAAAGUCAAGCACCUCACACCUACGACGGGAACAGAGAUCGACGGUGAUUCCCUCUUUCUCCAAGGCGCCACUAACACCCCUCGUCUACCAGGAAUCCAACUCACCGCCCUCACAGCCUCCGGCCUAGACCAGCUCUCUCUCCUCUGCGCCCAACGCAAAGUCCUCGCCUUCCGGAACCAAGACCUCAAAGAUUUCCCCAUGAAGAAGAUCGUCGACUGGUGCAGCUACUUCGGCCGCCCCUCCAUCCACCCUACUGGUCCCACUCCCGCCGGCGAGUCAAGACCGGAGAUCCAUAUUGCGCAUUCGGGAGGUCCAGAUGCUAGGCUGGCCUCAGCAUGGUCAUCGCGCACGAAUAGCAUGAAUUGGCAUAUUGAUGGGAGUGUGGAUGCACAGCCACCUGGCUUGGUCUUUUUGUACCUUCUUGAAGCACCUGAGACGGGCGGUGAUACAACGUUUUGCAAUACGGCAGAGUUGUAUAAGCGUUUCUCGGAGGGAUUCAAGGAGAGGCUGCAUGGGUUGAAGGCGGAACACAGUGAUGUCGAUCUAGUGGACAGGACGAGGAGGUGA